CAGUUUCCCCCGCGCUUCCUGCACUGAGGUAGUCGCCGGCGCGUCCCCUGUCCCGCGGCUCGCUCGCCUUGCCGGUGCCAUGGCGGCCUUCAGCAAGUACUUGACGGCGCGGAACUCCUCGCUGGCGGGGGCCGCGUUCCUGCUGCUCUGCCUGCUCCACAAACGGCGUCGCGCCCUCGGCCUGCACGGUAAGAAAAGUGGAAAACCGCCAUUACAGAAUAAUGAGAAAGAAGGAAAGAAAGAGCGAGCUAUGGUGGACAAAGUAUUUUUAUCAAGGCUCUCACAGAUCCUGAAAAUCAUGGUCCCUAGAACAUUUUGUAAGGAGACAGGCUACUUGGUACUUAUUGCUGUUAUGCUGGUCUCUCGGACAUACUGUGAUGUUUGGAUGAUUCAAAAUGGGACCCUCAUUGAAAGUGGAAUAAUAAGCAGAAGUGUGCCUUUAUUCAAGGAACCAUUUUUAAAAUUUAUAGCAGCUACUCCAUUGAUCUCGCUGGUUAACAACUUCCUCAAGUAUGGGUUAAAUGAGCUCAAACUGUGCUUCAGAGUGCGGCUCACGCGGUACCUCUAUGAGGAGUAUCUCCAAGCUUUCACAUAUUAUAAAAUGGGCAACCUGGAUAACAGAAUAGCAAAUCCAGACCAGCUGCUUACACAAGAUGUAGAAAAAUUUUGUAACAGUGUAGUUGAUCUGUAUUCAAAUCUUAGUAAGCCAUUUUUAGACAUAGUUUUAUAUAUUUUCAAGUUAACAAGUGCAAUUGGAGCUCAGGGCCCAGCAAGCAUGAUGGCUUACUUGCUUGUUUCUGGGCUAUUCCUAACUCGGCUCAGAAGACCCAUCGGUAAGAUGACAAUUACAGAGCAGAAAUAUGAAGGAGAAUAUAGAUACGUUAAUUCCCGACUUAUCACAAAUAGUGAAGAAGUUGCCUUUUAUAAUGGGAAUAAACGAGAAAAGCAGACAAUCCACUCAGUCUUCCGAAAACUGGUGGAACACCUUCAUAAUUUCAUUUUCUUUCGGUUUACUAUGGGUUUUGUUGAUAGCAUCAUUGCCAAAUAUGUUGCCACUGUAGUUGGGUACCUGGUUGUCAGCCGUCCUUUCCUAGACUUGUCACACCCUCGCCAUCUUCACAGCACACAUUCAGAACUCCUGGAGGACUACUACCAAAGUGGAAGAAUGCUUUUGAGAAUGUCUCAAGCUUUGGGUCGUAUAGUUUUGGCUGGGCGUGAAAUGACUAGAUUGGCUGGUUUUACAGCUCGGAUUACAGAAUUAAUGCAAGUACUAAAGGAUUUAAAUCAUGGCAAAUAUGAACGCACAAUGGUGUCACAGCAGGAAAAGGGUAUUGAAGGAACGCAUGUCUUGAUCCCUGGUGCUGGAGAAGUCAUCAAUGUAGACAAUAUUAUAAAGUUUGAUCACGUUCCUUUAGCAACACCAAAUGGAGAUGUCUUGAUCCGAGACCUUAGUUUUGAAGUUCGAUCUGGGGCCAACGUUCUCAUUUGUGGCCCUAACGGCUGUGGAAAGAGUUCCCUCUUCCGUGUUCUCGGUGAAUUAUGGCCUCUUUUUGGAGGACGUCUUACUAAACCUGAGAGAGGAAAGUUAUUUUAUGUUCCUCAGCGACCCUAUAUGACCCUGGGAACACUAAGAGACCAAGUGAUAUAUCCAGAUGGAAAAGAAGAUCAGAAAAAGAAGGGGAUAUCUGACCAAGUGCUGAAGGAGUACUUGGAUAACGUGCAGCUGGGCCAUAUCCUUGAGCGGGAAGGAGGCUGGGACAGUGUUCAGGACUGGAUGGAUGUACUCAGUGGAGGAGAAAAACAAAGAAUGGCGAUGGCAAGAUUGUUCUAUCAUAAACCCCAAUUUGCUAUUUUGGAUGAAUGCACAAGUGCAGUUAGCGUGGAUGUGGAAGACUACAUUUACAGCCACUGUCGGAAGGUUGGCAUCACCCUCUUUACUGUUUCACACAGAAAAUCCCUUUGGAAACACCAUGAGUACUACCUGCAUAUGGAUGGUAGAGGCAAUUACGAAUUCAAAAAGAUCACAGAAGAGACAGUUGAGUUCGGAUCAUAGAGACCAUCUGGAGAACUUCACCUUCUUCAAACAAGAUAAUGAGCAGAGUGCAUUCGUAAAUGCAAAGUGCAUUGUAAAAUAAAGUUAAGCUUGUUUUUCUAAAAUAAAAAAAAAACAGCAACAAAUAACUAGAUAUAGGAUAAUUGAAACAUGUUAAAACAUUUAAUAUUGUAUAGGAUUAUUGCUAAUUGUGUAUAUGUUGGUUUAAUUAUUAAUUAUAUACUAAGAAUGUCCUUA